CAAACGUCUGGCUCCGAAUUCCAGUGGUAUCCCUCACAGCAACAGUAUGGCGCCCAAGAGGAAACAUCAAGAGACGGAGCUUGAAGAGGCUGUUCACCCUUCGCGACAAUUCCAGGUCCCAGGAAGUCAGCCAAAGCCUGCAAAGAAACCUCGCAAGUUCGAGCCCCCAGUCUACAGAAAGCAAGCACAUGCGUCGAGCGUCAAUGCAAUCAAGAAGAGGAUACGAGAUGUCACAAGAAGGCUGGAACGGUUGGAAAAUGCGCCUGCAGAUAAGAAGCUCGAGGAUGAGCGAGCUCUCGCAGCAUAUCAGCAGGAAUUAGCAAGUGCAGAGGCAGAAAAGAUUAGACAGAAGAUGAUCAAGAAAUACCAUAUGGUCCGAUUUUUUGAACGUCAAAAGGCCACAAGACAAUUGAAGAAAUUACGGAAACGACUACUGGAGUCCACGUCUACGGAGGAAGUCGAAACACUGAAAGCUCAAAUGCACAUCGUGGAAGUAGAUCUCAACUACACACAAUAUUAUCCUCUCAGCGAGGCUUACAUUUCGCUCUAUCCACUUUCGAAAACCGGUGACGAGGAGGGAGAUGAUAUCAAAAAGGAGAAGCCGAAACCUCCAAUGUGGGCGGAAGUGGAACAAGCUAUGGAGGACGGAACCUUGAAUCGAUUACGGAAUAGAACUUCAACUGCUCCAGUCAAAGUAUCCAAGGCGCCAAAGAUGGUGGAACGGAAACCUGCGAAGCCAAGAUCGAAACCAGAGCCUGCUCCUGUCGACACAACUGGACUAAAUCGGAGGCAGAGGAGGAAGUUGUUGGGCGUUCAAGAUACGAGAGGAAAGAUCAAGCCAAGGACGAAAGAGAAUGGUGACUCGCAACUUAACGAGGCGGAAGCUGGCCAAGAUCAUGGUAGUGAUGGCGGGUUCUUUGAGGAUUGAUUUGAGGAUUGAAUGAACAUGAUGAAUUGGCCAACAAGCAUUGCUAGGAGUUUGUAUGAUACCCAUUUUCGAGACAAACAUGGCUUGAGAUCGUUCCGUCUGACAUCAGUUGCUACUGAGUCGAUGAUGCUAUGAGACAUAAGUUUUGGCCCUUUUAGUUUUAUGUGAGCAAAGUUGCUUCCUGUUCGUCAUGGUUUCUUCUUCUAGCUUUUGGAACUUCCAGGGCUUGAUUCAUCCAGGUGGGUGUAGCAUAGCAGAGGCAUCCAACUCUUCCUCGUUGUGGUUGGCUAUCUUCAAGUGGUGUUGCGUUCAAAAACAUUUUCCCCAUGUUGCCUUUGUUGUCAGUUGCAAUGAAAGCCCAAUUUUCGGUUUGCCUUUAGGUUACAUCAAUACAUUUUAGAAAUAGUACACACUUCCUUGCG